AUGUAUAAUUGUAGCACUGACGGAGGAAUCGGUAUCGUCGAAAUGCUUUUCUGUACGUCUCUCGUUGCUUUAGUGGGAGCGGGAGAGCAUCCUUCAUUCUCACCAAGACGAUUGCAGAUCACCAACACAAAGAGACAAUCUACGAUAUGUGAACUUACCUUCCAGACGUCGAUUUUAGCUGUGAAGCUUAAUCGUAGACGGUUAAUUGUUGUUUUAGAACAAACAAUUUUCGUAUAUGAUAUUAGUAAUAUGAAAUUAUUGCAUAGCAUCGAAACCAGUCCAAACCAAACAGCGAUCUGUGCACUUUCUCCUUCAAAUGAAAACUGUUACAUAGCUUAUCCAUCUCAAACUCCAUCACCGUCAUCUCCAUUUUCAAAUCAAAGUUCACAAAAUACUUCACCAUCUGGGGAUGUCUUAAUUUUUGAUGCUCUGUCAUUGCAAAUUGUUAAUAUAGUUCAAGCACAUAAAAGCCCAGUAGCGUAUGUUGCUAUUAAUUCCGAGGGGACAUUGUUGGCAACAGCCAGCGAUAAGGGAACUGUUAUCCGUGUUUUCUCUAUCCCUAAUGCACAAAAAUUAUAUCAAUUCCGAAGGGGUUCGUAUCCGGCCCGCAUUCAUUCUAUUUCAUUCAACCCUGUAAGCACAUUAUUGUGUGUAUCUAGUGAUACCGAAACUGUCCAUAUUUUUAAACUGAAUACAACGGGGACUGGUAGCAAUGCAGGUGCGAAUAAUGGCACCUCCAAUGGUACAGGGGGAACAACAAAUCCUAUUGUGCGCCAUUCUUCCGGUCCUGCAACAAUAGGAGGAUUUGAAGCAUUUAUUGAUGGAAAAAAGAAAAGUGGAGUUGGCACUAUACGCCGCCAAUCUCUUCAUCUUGGACGUACCGUAGCGGGGAGUGUUGGUAAUUAUCUUCCUGAUGCUAUUACAGAAAUGUGGGAACCUACACGUGAUUUUGCCUAUUUAAAGUUACCGAGUUCUGGAGUACAGAGUGUAGUUGCUUUAAGCAAUAAUACCCCACAAGUUAUGGUUGUUACUUCCGAAGGUUAUUUUUACCAAUAUAAUAUAGAUUUGGAAAAUGGUGGUGAAUGUGUUCUUCUCAAACAAUACAGUUUGUUAGAACCAAAUGAAGAUUUGAAUUCACAAUAA